GUUUGUGUAUGAAAAUUCAACCUAACAAAAAAAUAAUAAUCUGCCAGUCGUUACCACUUGCGUUCGAAGUGUCACAACGUUCACAUAACAUAAAUAUUAUUGCACUCGUUCAAAUAAUGUCACUGUACAAAGCAAGAGUAAAGGCAUUCGAAGACCUACUGGGCAACGAUGAAAUAAAUUUGGACAAAUUGCGAAAAUUAUGCUUCAACGGCAUACCAGACACAAGCGGAUAUCGGUCAUUAUGUUGGAAAUUACUAUUUGGAUAUUUGAGUCCGAAACGGAAAGAUUGGAACGAUUUGUUGAACAAGAAACGAGAACUGUACAGACAAUUCAUAAAUGAAAUGGCCAUUCCCCCUUGCGGUAACAAUGAUAAUCAAUGUGCCGAUCAUCCACUCAGCGAUGGGCCAGAAAGUGCGUGGAGUACGUUUUUCAAAGAUAACGAAUUUUUGUUGCAAAUCGACAAAGAUGUACGCCGUUUAUGUCCAGACAUUUCAUUCUUUCAACAAGCGACUGAAUUCCCAAAUGCUGACAUUGCCAACAGCAGAGGUGUAAGACGUUUGCACACUAGAGUUACACCGUCAAUCCUUAGUUCCGCGAACGUGGAGAGAAAAGGCUUGGGACUGACAAAACAAAUAAGUCUGCUGACAAAACGAGCUCCGGAAAAUUACGAAGCAAUGGAAGAAGGUCAAGAAGCUCACUGGGAGAUCGUUCAACGGAUUUUGUUUCUGUACGCGAAACUGAAUCCCGGUCAAGGAUACGUUCAAGGAAUGAAUGAAAUUAUCGGUCCGAUCUACUAUACAUUCGCUUCGGAUCCGAACAUUGAGUAUCGCGAAUUUGCCGAAGCCGAUUGUUUCUUUUGCUUCACAGCACUGAUGAGCGAAAUUCGAGAUUUUUUCAUAAAAACACUCGACGAAUCCGAGGGUGGCAUCAAGCAAAAAAUGACCAAACUGUCCUGUUUGUUAAAGGAAAAAGAUGUGGAAGUUUGGAAUCGACUGAGAGACCAGGAACUCUAUCCCCAAUAUUACAGUUUUCGUUGGCUGACGUUGAUGCUAUCACAAGAAUUUCCGCUGCCCGAUGUGUGUCGAAUAUGGGAUUCGGUGUUUGCCGACGAAAAUCGUUUCAAAUUUUUGGUCGACGUUUGCUGUGCUAUGAUAAUACUCUUACGGGAACAGAUACUGGAGAAUGAUUUCGCUUCGAAUAUGAAAUUGUUGCAAAAUUUCCCGGAAAUUGACAUCAAUGUGGUGCUGACAAAAGCGGCUGGUCUUUGAUACAUCCGACAGUAUACGGAGGCUUAGGAGAUCGUGCUGAUUUCAUACGGACAAAAUAAUAUGCGAACAAAUCUCGAGUGUGUACCCUCACUCUCUCUAUCUUCAUCAAUCUCUCUUUUGGACAAAUCAUGUAUCACUGCAAAUGAUUUACCUCAAUAUCCUGAUGGGAUGCAUCGAAUAACUAACAUAAGUAAGGUCGUUUCUAU